AUGCAGAGGUCCUUCACCUGCCUCCUGGAGGAGAGCCGGAGCCGUGGCUCUGACCUGGCUCUCAGUGCUUCCUACCUGGAGAUCUACAACGAACAGGUCCGGGACCUGCUGAGCCCGGGGCCGCCGUGCGCCCUGCCCCUGCGCUGGAGCAAAACCCGCGGCUUCUACGUGGAGAACCAGCUCAGUGUGGAAUUCGAGAGCCUAGAGGCCAUUGUCAGCUUGCUCAUGCAAGGAUCCCAGAGGCGCCGGACCUCGGCACAUGCCCUCAACAGGCACUCGAGCCGCAGCCACGCCCUUCUGACCAUCCACAUCCUCCGCCGAGCCACCAGCGCCUGCCCCAGCAAGCAGGGCACGCUGUGCUUUGUGGACCUGGCUGGCAGCGAGCGGGUGAAGGAGACCGGCUCCAGCGGGGAGCUCUCCGUGGAGGCCAACAGCAUCAACCGCAGCCUCCUGGCGCUGGGACACUGCAUCUCCCUGUUGGCCAAACCCCGAGGGAAGCGAACGCACAUCCCCUACCGGGACAGCAAGCUCACCCGGCUGCUGGCUCGCUCCCUGGGCGGCUCGGGCAUCACCCUGAUGGUCGCCUGCAUCUCCCCGUCCUCUCGCUGCCUCUCAGAGACUCUGAGCACGCUGCACUACGCCAGCCGUGCCCGGAGGGUCACCACCAGACCCCUGGCCAACAGGGUGUCCCGGGAGAAGCUGCUGCAAACCUUGGAGCAAGAAAUCCAUGCUCUGCAGCUGGAAAACCUCUCCCUGCGCCAGCAGCUGUGCCUGCCCAGAAUGCCAGUGAGGAGCACGGAGGUCAAAGGGAGCCCUCCAAAAGCAUGGGCGUGCUCAGGGGACAGGUACGGUCCUGCAGGGCAGCUCCCGCCAGAGCGAACCCCAGCCUGGCCCAGCCUCUAUGGUCUCCUGCGGGACUUCGUGGUGGAGAACGAACAGAUGAGGUAUGGGAGGCUUGUGUGGGACCCCUGAGUAGGGGAUCAAGGG